AGCUCGGAUCCAAACCAGCCCGGAUCCAAACCCUCAGCCCGGGUCCAAAUCCUCAUCCAGCCCGGAUCCAGACCCUAAGCCCGGAUCCAAACCCUCAGCCCGGGUCCAAACCCUCAUCCAGCCCGGAUCCAAACCCCGGGUCCAAACCCUCAUCCAGCCCGGAUCCAAACCCUCAUCCAGCACCAGGACCGGCACCAGCACCAGCACCAUGCCCUGCCGGAAGGAGAACUACAUCUUCCUGGAGCAGUCCGUCUCCGUGGACUCCAAGGAGGUGGACGCGCUGGUGACCCGCAUCGGAGAAGCGCUGCAGCUGCACAACAACACCAGCGGACAGAAGACGGUGUCGGUGUCCCUGUCCUGCCGGCACGCUGUCCCCGGGGUCCCGGGCGGAGGGACCGGGUCCUGCCGGCUCGGACUCUCCGGGCUCCCGGGCGGCGGCUCCUCGGCUCCGGGACAGAAGCUCGGCGGCUGCUGCAUGCGGCUCCGGGGCCACCGGGGGAGCAGCCGGGCGAGUCCGUACAGCAUCCCCGGGUCCAACGGGGACCAGGACUGGGACCAGAUCCGACCGUGGAACCGGAAGCGGCUCGGCCCGGAGGAGGACGACCCGCACCGGCUCCUGCAGGACUUGAUUCUCUCGGGGAACCUGAUCAAAGAGGCCGUGCGGCGGCUGCACUUCUCCCCGGCGGACUGUGCGGACUUCCCGCAGGCGGCGGAGCCGGUGCCGAGCUGAUACCGGGACUCACCGGGACCACGCACCGGGACUCACCGGGACACAGCGAGCCUCCGGCGGCCGGACAGCCGCUCGGACCCGGGGUACACACACUGUGUGACCGAGACUUUACAGAACUGGUAGCUUCGUUUAUUAAUUUCAUUAGUUUGUUACGAUGCGUCGGCUAGCAGUUAGCCUAGCUGGCUGUUAGCAGUUAGCCUAGCUGGCUGUUAGCAGUUAGCCUAGCUGGCUGUUAGCAGUUAGCCUAGCUGGCUGUUAGCAGUUAGCCUAGCUGGCUGUUAGCAGUUAGCCUAGCUUGGCUGCUAGCAGUUAGCCUAGCUGGGCUGCUAGCCCCUCGGCCACUGAGCCGGGAUGUUUAUGUGAAUGUGUCCGAGUGGGUCAGACCUUCAGUGUGUGUGUGUGCGUGAGAGCUAGCAUGCUAACGCUAGCCCGCGUCACUGGGGCUCGUGGGCUUCCUGAACAAUGGGACUUCUCCUCAGCUCGUCACCGGAAGUUGCAGCUUCCUCAUUGUUGUUAUUUACCACUUCAGCCUCGUGUUGUGACGUGGAGCUGUUCCCCGCUCUGCCACCAGGGGGAUGGGGGGGGGGGGGUGUUUACAGUCUGAUGCUGGAAGCUGCUGAGAGGAGGGGACCCCCCCCCCCUUCUCUCAGUUCAGGUUGUUCAGUUUGUCCUUUAACUGCAAGCGUCUCCUCAGUGUCUGAGGGGAGCCUGCACACACACACAUCACACACACACACACCACAAACACUUUAACAAAUCACACACAGGGAGGAGGAGGAUGAGGAGGAGACGUGAAGCCGUGUGUAAUGCUCCUGUGUGUGAAUGGCGGCUGGAGGUCAAAGGUCACAUGACUUUGUGGUGCUCUCACAUUUCUCCAGAGCUCCAGUGAGGAGCUCUGUGUGUUUUGUACUUGUUGUUUCUUCUCUGUGUAAAGAACAAUCUCACGACUGCUUCGUACCGAAGCUCCCGAUCGUUCCUGAGUAUUCAGGCCUUUUUCUGUUGUUGUCUUAAUAAACACUUUUGUUUUUCCAAA